CAAAUAAGAGGCGGCAAAUAAAUCUCGCGGCGGCCGAACCCGAACCCAGUCGUUAGCGCCGCCGCGUCCUUCUCCUGAGUUCGCCUUGUGACAGUACUGCGGGCAAUGGCCUCGUCGUCGUGGUGCCUCUACGCCGCCGCCGCCUCUCUCGCCUGCUGCUCCCCCUUGCCAUCGCCGACGAGACCGCCGGGCGUCUGCCGAUGCAUCUGUAUCCUCUUGCCUCGUGCGACGCUCCCCCGACGGAGCCGCGUGAGACGGAACGCCGUCGUCUGCAUGGCCCCAGAGGAAGAGAAGAUGACCCGCCGCUCCCCUCUCGAUUUCCCCAUCGAGUGGGAGAGGCCCAAGCCUGGCAGGAGACCCGAUAUAUUCUCACAAUUUAGUCCAAUGAAAACUCCAUUGCCAACUUCACUGCCAGAAGACCCCCCUGAAGUGGACGAGGAAGAGGAGGAAGAAAAGAAAGAGGAGGAAGAAGUAGAUCCAGAUAAAGAAGAUCCAGAGAAGCCAGAGAUGUCCAGGAUGCAACGUGGAGGAUAGUCUUGAGCAAUGGUAACCAUAAUUUGCCGCAGAGAGAACCUACUAAAAUUGCUGCUCGACCGGACACUACUGUUGUUACAGCCAUUUCUAGUUGUUCAUGAACAAUGGCUGUAAGUGUGCAGGCAUUUCUUAGCUUCUUACUUCUGAUGUUAUAUGACAAGAUAAAGUAGAAUAAAUGUAUUUUUGUCAUAGACAUCCAUACACACUGUUGCAAAUUGCAUCCCUCUCUGUCCUUGCUCAUCUACAGAAUUUUGGCUGUGGAAAGAAACCCUUGUACACUUCUUCA